UGAAGAUUAAAUCAGCUGAACGUCUAUAACAGGAAAAGGACAGGCAUAAUCUAAGGCCCAACAUGCAGCAGCAGGACAUGCGAUAUGCACAGCAACCAGUGUUGUGGAUGAACCAGCAUGAAAGACCGAUAAUUCUGACCCCUUCACUAAUGCAACCGCCUCCGCCACCGCUUACUUUUCCAGAUUUCAGGAAAAAGAGACGCAAAGAUGGAACCUGUACCUUCCUUGUGAUUAUUUUUCUUCUGGUCCUUUUAGCUCUGGCAGGAGUUGGACUGGGAACCUAUAAAAUCAUACAACUACAGAAGGAGCUGGAAGGAAUCCGAGAGUUUUCCAGUGAUGUAGAGCAGUCUCCUUCAUCUGAGAAGUUAAUAGGGCUGGAACAACACCCAGAGAAAAAAGAAGGCAGAUUAGCUGCACACGUCACAGGAAAAGAGAGUAAAAAUUUGCCACUCACUUGGGAAGAUCAAAUUGGGAAUGCAUUUACUGCAGGCAUUCAGUACAAAAACAAAGGCCUAAUCGUGAAUAAAACAGGCCUCCACUUCCUGUAUUCCUCCAUCUACUUCCGGGGGAAGGAAUGUCCCAAGCAAGAGUUGACACAUAUUGUGUACAAGAAGUCCUUACGGUAUCCAGCAGAAAUCAAACUCAUGGAAAAUAAAGAGGAUCACAACUGUAUCCCGCGCAUUGUGUGGGGAAGACACAGUUACCUGGGAGCCGUGUUCAACCUCAGCAGUACCGAUGUCUUGUAUGUCAACGUCUCCAAUGUCAACUUAGUUGGCUUUGAUGAAACAAAAACAUUCUUUGGCCUCUACAGAUUAUGAUAAGAACUUAACAGUUCCCAAAUACAUUAGCUUAGAGGAUUUUAUUUUGAAGAUAGCCUUCAUCUGAUGCAUUCCCCGUGUAAGGGAAAACUAAGGUUCUAAUCUUCUGGUAUCAUAAGUGAUAUAUGGAAGAUGUGAAAUGAGAAUAUUUUUGAGGUUGUUACAUCCUAGAUAUUUCUAUACAGAUUCCAUGUUUUAAUGGAUAUGAGUUCUAUUUCUCUUUUCUGGAGUCAAGAAAUGUCUACGUUAUUGGACUGGUUCAUUUUCUUCUCGGUCAAUAUAUUGGGCAUUCUCUCAAAGGACUGUCUAACAUGUAUAGGCACCAUUUUAAAAGGAGCAUAGACAUUGAAAUUUUAGGAUAAAGACUAAAUUCAUGGAUGCAUUUAUAAAGAUUAUCUAGGUAGACUGCCAUAUGAUGCAGGGGUUUGGAGGAGUAUGAUUGAAUCAGAAGCAAAGAUUGGAGACAGUUUAAUAGUUAGUAACAAUUCUUGCUGUACACUUCUAGAAGGCUAAGGUUUUUGAGUUGACGUCAUACUCUACCGCUAUAAUUACCACUUAAUGGAUGUAAAGAUUCAGACAUUAAUCUAAUGCAAAAUGAAUUUACAAAUUCAUCACUGUGUCAACAAUUCCAGAAAUGAAAAACCUUGAAUAGUCUAAAUGCUGCAGUAAAAUAACUUGGAAAGUCAUUAAUAAUAAGAAAGAAAAAUAUAAAUUCUAAAUUUGUUCAGUCUCACUAACUAGUAAUUGCAAUGUAUACUGUAUAUAGACAGACAUAUACUGUAUAACUUUAAAGGGUGUCUGUUAGUAGUUUUAACCAUAGAUAACUUCUGCACAACUGGGAAGAGUCCUGCAAAUAUACCUUUUGUGCAGCUUUUCUCAUCAGGAGCAAUGUGAAUAUGAAGUUUUAUUCUGCCAAAUGAUGCUCUCUGCCAAAAAGUUCUCUCUGCAUUCAGCUGCUUCACAGCCCUUCCCCUUCUGCUCUGAGUGACAGCUGUAGUGGUUUCCUGGUUGGAUGCUACAGCUGUCAUUCAGAGCAGACAGCAGACUGGGGGGUGGUGGUGAAGCAGCUCAAUGCAGCUGGGAAAGCAGAAUUUGGUAGAAUAAAACUUCAUAUUCUCACUACUCCUGAUUAGAAAAGCUUCACAAAAGGUAUGCUUGAACUGCUCUCCCCAGCCACUACCUAGAGCCAUCAGCAGUUUUGCAUGGUUAAAAGUGCUGACAGAUCUCCUUUAUGCCAAAGGCUGACCAUAUACAAUAGAAAGUUAAACCUCCUAUACACAUGCAUCAUUUCCUUGGCUGAGCAUGCAUGUGUUCUCAGUAAGAAGGAGUGAAGUAAGCUGUUACCAGACUUCCCUUGUGACAGCUUAUAUCUGGAGAACAAAAGGAUUUAGCAUCUUGAAAGUCUACAGUCUGAUCCCUCUCUUCCCUGAUUCAGCUUUGCUAUAUACUGUAUUUGUAUUAGCUUUAUAGAUCAGCUAUGUCUACUUGGAUCUUUAAAGAGAGGCUUUCUCAAGGCCAACCCAUUCCAGAUUAAAGGGUCACUGAGUUUUGGUAACAUUUUUGAUAUGUCAUAGAGAUAUGUCAAAAGUUUUUUAUUGGUGGGGGUCCAAGUGCUGAGUCCCCAAUUGAUGACUAGAACAAGGAGAAAGAAUUGUGUGCAUAUUGUGCUUUCUCUCCUCGCAAUAGAAGAUGAGCUUAAUAAAGUCUAUGGGCCUGUCUCGAUUCCGUUCUCUGCAAAAAGAAGAAUAGAUAGCGUGAUAUGCAAGCGCUUCUCUUAUCUCAUUCUAGGGAUCAGUGGGCGUCUCAGCACUCAGACCCCCCAAUGAUAGAAAACUUUUCAUAUGUCUCUAUGACAUAUCAAAAGUUUUACCAAAACUUAGUGACCCUAAAAAGCCAGCCUGGCAAUUAGCUAAUCCCAUUACAGAAACAGAGGGGCUUUGCCCAGACUUUAUAGUAUCACAUUAAAAUGAAUGGCUUUUCAUGUAAUUACACUACCCUUAUGGGUCCACUAGAGUGAGAGUGGCUGUCUGUGGGGUACCGACCUUUAUAACAUACAUAUGCUCUAAUAGGGGCAUGAUACAACCCUCCUUAAAGAACUGCUCAGCUCUAGAGCCCCAUCAUCCUCCACUGAAGAGUGUAGUAAGCAUCAAUAAACAUAACAUUGCGCAAAAUAAUUCUGAAACACCUAUUGUAGCAGAAUGAUCUUAAACCACUAGAUUAGGCCAUACAUUUAAAGGGACAUUUCCAUCAAAAAGGGGUAUUUAAAAAAAAAAUCAGCAUUCAUAGAAAAAAAAAGUUUGCCUGCUUUUCUUUUUCAUUUCAGUUGCACUAUACCCUUGAAAAUUGUAAUGCUAAUAAUUUUCCUUCUGUAGCACAAAUAAUGAGAACUCUUAUACAGAUGGGUAAUCAGUUAUCAGUUUGCUGUUGCUGUGAGGUGAAGAUAGUAUUUGCAAGGUAAUCAUCAUGAUAACAGUAGGUGUAGAAUUUGGAUAACAGUAUGACAGCUGUACAUUGUUCCCUCAAGUUUCACUAUUAAUUUGUUCUGGGAAAACCAUUGUACAGUAAGUUGAAACCAUUGUGACUCUAUGGAAAAACAGUAAUUGGUUCCAAAGCCUUAAAAUGUCAUCCUAAGGUAACAGAAAAAGAAGAUUGAAAAAAAAAAAAAAGCAGAUAAUACAUAAAGUAAGUCCUUACAUAUAGCAGUCAGAAAUAGAUACUGGAAGCUGUAAAUCACAUUCUAUGAUGAGGACAGGAGCUUCUUCGGGGUCCUGUGUAGCACACUGUAUACCAGAAAAAUAAAAUUGAGCCACCCUCUUCUGGUGUCUGAAGGAGCAGCUCCUCGUGGCACAUUGGGUAGUACAGAUCAUGUAAUACAUUUGAUAGACCAUAGGUGUUCUACCAGAGAAAUGAUCAUGGUGAUUGGUUGGAUCUGACAUUAUUCACAUACAGGUUGUUAAUACAUGAUAAAAAUAAUACUUUGGAGGAAGUGUCCCUUUAAGUAGCAUACAAGUAAAUGUUAUCUCCUUAGUUUAUUUACUUUCACCUUUAAAAAAAUGCAUGGAUAAAAUUAUAAGCUAAGAUUGCCACUCUUGGCAAAGUUUUUUUAUUUAGUUUUUAAAGUCUUGAGAUGUGCAGUUACUUCAUUACUGUCAUUUUAACUGGUUCAAGGUAGAGCACUGUGUAUGUCUUACCAUUGAAGUGAAUGUAUGUGAGGACUAGAGAUGAAAUGUUGUAUUGCUGUAUGUAAAUAGAUUAUUUAUUUUUGCACUGUUUUCAACGUUGUUUGUAAUUCUUUUACUUGCU